CAUUGUGACAUUUGCUCCCUCAUUCUUUUUAUUUUUCUUUCAAUAAAAAUAUCAUCGCAAUCUUAAACAAUAAGUUAAUUGUUAUCGCGUCUAGAAUCAUGAACCUGAAGCCUAAUCUGUCGAUCCGCGCCCAGGAAAACCUGCAAGUACCCAAUAUAAUGCUUGAUGGCAUCAAAAAGAUCUAUAACAACAAGUUUCACUUAACAAACAAUCCAUCGGGCAUCAUUAAUAUGAGUGUUGCUGAGAAUCAGCUCAUGACAAAGGAGCUUUCAGAGAUUAUGGGGGUUGUGAACACUGCGGAUCCCAAGUUCUUUGGAUACUCUGAAGGCCCUUUUGGAACCAGAUUCCUACGCGAUUGUUUUGCAAAUAACAUUUUCAAUCGCCACUUUAAACCCCACGAGCCUAUACGAGGUGAUCAUAUUGUCCUCUCAUCAGGAUGCAGUGCCACUAUAGACAACUUUACAUUCUCUGUAUGUGACCCAGGCGAUGGAGUUUUGUUUAUCACCCCUUAUUAUGGCGGUUUUGACACGGACAUCAUAGCCAAGGCUAAGGCUAAGGCCAUUCCUGUCUAUCUUGAAGACAUUUCUCCAUUUGAUGUGGCUCAAAUCAAACCCCUUCAAGCUGCCGUUGACAAAGCUUUUCAGGAGGGAACAAAUGUUCGUGCUUUAAUAUUGUCCAAUCCCCACAACCCCCUUGGAAGAAAUUAUACGCGCGAAUUGAUUAUUGAGUAUCUCAAGUUUGCAAACAAGAACCGGCUACAUAUUUUGUUUGACGAGAUUUAUGCACUCUCAGUUUUUGAUCACCUGCUGACUGGUCAAGCCAAGAAGCAGCAGCCUGAUAAUGCACCGUUUAUUUCAGUCUUGUCUAUACCCAACCUUGAAGAGUACUGUGACAAGCAGUUGAUCCAUGUUGCCUACGGCAUGAGCAAAGAUUUCUGCCUGAACGGUUACCGUUGUGGUUGCCUUGUGUCCCCGUGGAACAGAGACCUUUUGGAGGCAAUGCGUUCAAUUGCUGUUUUUACCUGGAUGUCGUCGGUAACAGAGGGAAUGCUUACAGAGCUUCUUUCAGACCCAGAGAGAAUCGACACUUUUAUAAAGACCAAUCAAGCUCGCCUGGCAGAGAGUUAUACAUAUACGGUAGAAACGCUUAGCAAACAUAACAUCUCCUUCACACCGGCACAGGCCGGACUCUUUCUGUGGAUUGAUCUCCGUCAAUACAUCCCUGCGCCAUUCAAGACCGCAGCUUCACAUGGUGAUCGAGAGGCAGAGUUCCUACUUUGGAGGACCAUGUUAGAUCAGGGUGUAUAUUUGAACCUAGGAGGGGGCUUUUCAGAGAGAAAGGUUGGAUUUUUCAGAUUGACCUUCUCACUUCCUUUACCGAUACUGAAGAUGGGCCUGGAUAGAGUGCUUAAAGCCUGUCUGGAGACUACUGUCGCCACAACAUCAG